AUGAGUGCCGAAGAAAGCGGAGACACCUCUACCAUGCCUGCUACAAACGGUGAACCCCACCCUGACUCGACGGUGGUCGCAACUCCAGGGAAGAGGAAGCGCUCCACCGACGAGAAAUCGGUUGUCGACGCUACUGCAUCUUCAUCGCGCGAUAAAUCAAACCUUCACGAGAAUUUGCGGAGUCUCGUCGAUCUACUCCUUAAGCUAACGCACGGUGGUGGUAGACACGAUGCUGAACUCCAACUUCUCUCCUGUCCCUUUCCCUCCUCGGCAGCUAAACCUCGGGCGAAGCGUGCCAAAACAUCAACAGAUCAAGAAACGUCCAAUGUGCGGACACGUGUCGAGUCGAGUCGCUAUAACACUCUUCAGGAAUUUCUCGCAGACAUCGAAAAGGCCUCUGCGGCAGUAAUUGAGCGCAAUCAGAAUCAGUCUAACGGAACAAAACUUGAUGGCACUCCUCUGACGGAGGUCGUCAACCGCAUCGCAGCUUUCAAAAAGCACAUGAACAGCCUCAUCGGCCAGUCCUUUGUCAAUCAGACCGAGGUCAAAACCGAGACUCCGGAUGACGAUGCUGAGGAACAGGCAGACUCACUUUUAUCGAAUGUUGGUGCUCGGGAGGACCGCCAGGCUUUGACUUUUUUUGGUGCGAAUCCUUCAAAUCCGGGCAAUCCAAAACAGCUGUUCUCCAGUCUUCAAAAAUCCGUCAAAGUAUCCCUGCACUCUUCCGAAUCAGAUGCUGAGAAAUUCGUGGAAGUGCAGGGGCAACUCCGCGAGGGAGCUCUGCCUACCGGCAUUGCAUCGACUAAAGUGGUUCCUUACAAUUUAAAUGCCACCAAGCCCUCAAAAAGAACUUUCGGUGAAGUUUUCACCCCUCGUCCAGGUCUACCUCCAAUGGAACCCCCCCGAAGACGAACGCAUCGUAGCUCUUCCGUCUCAUGGAUCGAUCCCUUUGACGCAGUCUUUGACACCAAGUGCUUUUUGGGUGGUAAUAGCAGUUACAGCCUUGCAACCCUUCCUGCCGGCCAGUGGUUGCAAUAUGGUGGAGUCACAUCGUCACCAUCCUACUGGGGUCGCGUGGAAAAGCACCAUGCCGAGACGGAUUUUGGCCCCAAGCAUGGAGAUCCUGCACUUUGGACUGGAGAUGAUCCUUCUUACCUGCAAGGUGUAUUCUCGUCAUUUGCUCCAUCCUAUGAUAGUUCUGGGGCCAUCGUACAAGCCGACUCAAAGGACAUGAUCUGGUGGGGUAAGCGAGGCGCAAAACGCCUACGUACUUUGCUAUCACUUCCGUCAGAGGAUGAACAGAUACCCACCGUCCAGCCUGGCAGCAUUGGUGACCUUGACGAAAGCACUCUCGAUGAGAUGGUCAAAUCGUUCAAUCCGGACGAUUUCGCUGUCGACAUCCCCCAGGAUGAUGCAAAGAAGGUCGACCCAGAAUCCAGGGAAGUGGAAGAGAUUCUUCAAGAGAUUUCUGAGCUGUUGGAUACUCUCAGCUCCUAUCAAAGAAUCCGCAACCUUUCUCUUCCUUCUGGUGGCGAGAAUCCCGAAUCGAAUGAGACAGCCGUCCCAGACUUUGGUACACCUGAUGAUCCAUCAGACGCAGAGAGGAUGGUGUACGAGACAUUGAAAUCAAGCCUCUUUGCGAUAAUCAACAACCUUCCUCCCUUCGCAGUCGCGAAGCUCGACGGCGACCAGUUGGCAGAGUUGAACAUCAGCCAAAAGAUCAUCGUUGAAACCCCUGAUUACAGUGGCACCAUGGAGCGAGACGAUUACACUCUGCACCAAGAGCGUGCCGCCGCGAUAGCUGCUGCCGCCGCACCGACCGCUGCAAAUCGAAUCUCGACACCUACUUCGGCCCGACCCGGAUACCAACAACCAGCCCAAACCGGAUACAAUCAGCGUAGCUUCACUCCCAGUUCUCGAGUUUCGCAGUCACAGCCUGGGAUUCAAGCAUCGCAGCAGGGAAGGCAAUCUUCAACAGGAGGCGCGUAUAAUCCAGCCUAUGCUGGAGGCCGUCCAAGCACCCCUGGGCAGCGACCUGGCUACAUUCAGCAACAAUUUUCGCAGCAAGCGAAUGCGCAGUACUCCCAGGGGAACAAUGCAUCGCAAUUCGCGCGCCCGGCGCAGAAUGGCUACACACAAUCCCCUCAGCCUUAUACUCCCCGCCCCGGACAAUCGGUUGGAUACAAUGCCACCCCUCAGGGGCGCACUCCUUACGCCAAUGCGACAGUUUCGACUCAACGGAUGCAAUACGCAGCCCACACCCCUUCACAAGCCGCGUACGCGAACACUGCCGCAGCUGCAUCUUAUGCUCGCAGUGCUGCCGAACAACAAGCUGCGAAGGCCCAGCUUGCAGCUGCCCAGCAACGACAGAGCCCGUCUGCUCUGCAGCCUCAAGGCUUCGAGCCUCGCCACUCCUCCCAUGAGGGCAGCCUCACCCCAGGCAAGCAGAAUGGCACCCCCGUCCGGUCAUGA